AUGUCGCCGUCGCCAGAUCUCGCAGCGCAACCUCUUGAGCCCCUGCUUUCGGACGCGGCCUCGACCUCGUCCGUCUCCUCCGCAGACACCGCUCUCACCGCCCCAGACCUAGCCGUGCUCUCCUCCUCCUCGGUCUCGACUAUCGUCCCCCAGCAGCAGACGCAGCAGCAGGACCUCCAGCAGCAGCAACAGCCCUCUCAGCCGCAGCACACUCACGACCAGCAGCCCAUGCCGGACGAACAGCAGCCGGCUCUCCCCGCAGUCUCUGCCGCUCCCGAGCUGCUCUACGCCGCCAACGACGACUCCGUCAUCCAAUACGAGCCUUCGCGCCACGUCGACUAUCUCUCCCAUAACUGGCAGGAGGCAGAUAUCUCCUCCUCCUGGCGCUACAUCGUCCUCCGUCGUAAGGAUGUCGCGAACUCAGCCCGUCUCGAAAACGCUUCCUGGCGAACAUGGACAAAGGCCAAAUACAACCUGAAAACCGUCUCACCCGAGAGCGUCAACUGGCUCAAGGACUACGACGUGACCUGGCUCUACGGCCCACUUGCGACGCAGACAACCCGGCCCUUUCUUGACUCCUCACCCAGCAACGAGUCCGCGACCGAACGCAUCCGCAACACCGGCGCGCUCUCUCCUCCCCUGCGAUCCUCAGCUCGAUCGGACACCAUCGAGAGCAGAAGUAACAGCAAGCUUUCAAAGAAGCCGAUUCUGAAGAAGCGCAGCAUGUCUGAGGUCAUGCUCUCGCGGUCAGUCUCGUCCUCGAACCUAAUCAAACAGGCGGCGGCGUCGGUUGCCGCGGAGCGACACCUGCGUGCUCCGGGAACCACGCCGACUACAGCAUCAUACUCAUCCCAUCAGUCUCCAUACAUGUCUCUAUCCCCCGACGAUCGUCGAGAUCCGCGAUUCCCGUCAUCGCUUGUGGCACGGGGCUAUGCGGCCAGCACGGCUAAUUUCAGCGAUCGUUUGACUAUGCUGGACAGCGCCGCGCAGAAGCCAUCGUCGACAAAGCACAUCCACUUCAGCGAUCGCGUCGAGCAGUGCAUUGCGCUGGAAGCCAAAGAUGACGACGAGGAUAGCGGAUCGCACUCGGUCUCGGUUUCGGCUACUUCGAGCGUCACGUCGACAGAUGACGAAGACGAGGACGAAGAGGAACCUGGUUUGUUUCUCAUGGUGCGGUCUGGAUCUGGAUCCUUUCAGCGACCGGCUUCGCUGGAACCGCACACGAUCGCCAAGCUGCCGGCCACGAGACUGAAGUACGUGCCCGAGAUUGACGAUAUGCCGGGAUUGAAGAACAGCAGCGGCAGCAACCAUAGCUCCACAGUUUCGUUCUCUAUGGGCGACGAUGAUGGAGAUGAUGAAUAUGAUGAUGACGAUUACGAUGAUGGAGCUAGCAUCGAGUACAGAAGCGACGAUGAAGAGCAUCGUCGGUAUCGCCAUGGACUAAGCAGCGACGACGAAGAGGAUUAUGAAUACCGAUCAAGAGCGGCUCGGCCAUCGGACGGAUACUUUUCCGCCAACCCUUCUUCGUCGUCGGGAGAUUAUAGCUAUAGACACCGACACGACGAGGAGCCAGAGUCGAAUUUCCUCGAAGACGUGCCGACGCCGACGUUGUCGUCAAUGUCGCGCAACAACUCGAGCUCAAACCUUCGGAAGACCUCGAGCGGCAUCAGCAUUGCCUCGCGCUCGUCGACCUCAAACCUACAGGCUGUCGCCGCUGCCGCACAAGGCGCGACGCACGUUAUCGGAUCGUCGUAUGCGCGUUCUAGAUAUCUUGAAGACGCCUCGGCCGAGCGAAGCAGCGGUGGUGGUUUAGAGUCGACCUCUGAGAGUGACGACGAGGAGAUUGUGGAUAUGGACAGCAACUUGCUUUCGUCGCUGCGGCGCGACAGUGUGGUGCUUGCACGGGGAAGAAUCGGCGAGCCGCUAUCGCCAUCGACGCAGAUCGAUCCUGCAUAUUCUGUGAGCUCUGCGAUUAAUAAUACGCCUGUGUCUGCGCCUGCGCCUGCUGCAGAUGCCGCGGCGAAAGAAGUGAAAGCUGUCGAAAGCAUCAGCAGUGAGAGUAAUGACAAAGCCAACAUCAGCAGCAGCAAGCGGCCCGCGAGUGUAAACUCAGAGGCAUCGGUGCCCACGCCCCCGGUGGUCGACAGUUCAUCCGAGCACUCUGACGACGAGGAAAUCGAGCAGCCGCAGGGGUUCUGGGGUCACGUCACGCAUGCUUUCAGCGCGGCCAAAGAACUAGGCGGUGUGUUUAUGAACGGCGGACGAUGGAAGUCGUCUACCAGUGAAGAAAGACAGGAGCGCAGAGCAUCUGCUGCUGCUGCUGCCGAGAGCGGUUGA